GUGCCGGAUCCAGGCAGGUCUGACGAACACAGCCAACAAAAGAGAACGAGUGAAGAUCCUGCACAAGAAGAUUGAGGACCUUAUGAAGUACCUGGACCCCCAGUUCACGGACCACAUCACCGUACCGGACGCUAUGAAGCUGGAGUUCAUCCUCGCUGAGGAGGACUUCCUGCUCUCCCAGGCUGCUUUGCUGGAGCAGGUCAGCAGCCUCCAGCCGCUGCUGGACAGCACCUACAUCAGAGAUGUACCAGAGCACGCUACCAAGUUACAGCGUCUAUCUCAGAUUCACAUUAAAGAACAGGACCAGACUGAAGUUCAGUCGCUGGAAGUAAAGAAGCUUUUUGAGGAAUACAACAAAAUGAUGUUCCUGCUGUCCAAGCAGUUCACCCAAUGGGACGAGAGCCUGAGGAAGAUGGAGGAGGCCAAGGGCAUCCGGCCUGUGGAGGAGUAACGGCCAUCGCACUCUUCUGAUGAGGAUGGUGACAGUGAAGAAGAAGACGGCUCUGUGCUCGGAGCUUUAGACCAGACAAGUGUUUUAUAUGUUGCUUUUAUCCCAAAAUAAGUCA